ACCCAAAGCAGAACAGGGAGACCACGAGCCGAGGCCGGCCACCACCGUUCGCCUCGCCUCCUCCUUUUCGCGCACCUUGUCCCAAUCGCGCAAUCCCUCUUUAGCACUGCCAUCUCCGUCGCGCGCACGCUCCUCGCCAGGAGGCGGAGGAGGAAGAGGGCUCCGCACCAUGGCGUUCCUGUUCGGCGCCUUCCUGGGGCUGGUGCUCGGCGUGGCCGUCGUGAUGGCGUUCGUGCGCCUCGAGAACGCCCGCGCGGAGCAGCGCCGCGAGCUGGCUGCUACAGUUUCAUCUUUCUCGAAGUUGACUGUACAGGAUUUGAGGAAUCUUAUUCCUCCGGAGUUCUAUCCAUCAUGGGUUUCAUUCACACAUAAGCAAAAGCUUAAAUGGUUGAAUCAAGAGUUGGUAAAAAUCUGGCCAUUUGUUACUGAGGCUGCAUCAGAGCUGAUUAAAACCACUGUGGAGCCUGUUUUUGAGCAGUACAAGUCAUUCAUCUUGGCCUCCCUCCAUUUCUCAAAGUUGACACUUGGUACUGUUGCCCCUCAAUUUACAGGAGUUUCAAUCGUGGAGAGUGAUAGUUCUGCCAUCACCAUGGAGCUCGAGUUGCAAUGGGAUGGCAAUCCCAAUAUAGUACUUGACAUCCAAACAACACUUGGAAUUUCACUUCCUGUACAGGUGAAAAAUAUUGGAUUCACAGGAGUACUUCGGCUUGUAUUCAAACCUCUGGUGUCUGAAUUCCCUUGUUUUGGAGCUGUUUGCUGUUCUUUGAGGGAGAAGAGCAAGGUGGAUUUUACUCUCAAGGUUAUUGGCGGCGAUAUGACUGCAAUUCCAGGAAUUUCUGAUGCAAUUGAGGGAACAAUACGUGAUACCAUCGAGGAUACACUGACAUGGCCAAAUCGCAUAAUUAUUCCCAUUGUACCUGGAGAUUAUAGUGACUUGGAGCUCAGACCUGUUGGAUUAUUAGAAGUAAAACUUGUGGAAGCUAGGGACUUGAAGAACAAAGACCUUGUAGGAAAGUCAGAUCCUUUUGCUGUGCUAUACAUACGUCCAUUGCAUGAGAAAACAAAGAAAAGCAAAACAAUUAACAAUGAUUUGAAUCCCAUCUGGAAUGAGCAUUAUGAGUUUGUGGUCGAGGACAUAUCUACGCAGCAUCUGACUGUGAAAAUUUAUGAUGAUGAAGGGCUCCAGCCAUCAGAGAUCAUUGGUUCUGCUAGAGUAGACUUAGCUGAUCUACAGCCAGGAAAAGUGAAGGAUUUAUGGCUGGAUCUUGUGAAGGACUUAGAAAUUCAACGGGAUAAGAAACCUCGUGGUCAGGUCCACCUGGAGCUCCUGUACUACCCUUACGCUAAACAUGAAGGGGUUUCCAACCCUUUUGCUAAUCAGAUUCAACUAACUUCUUUGGAGAAGGUCCUCAAGACCGAGCCUAAUGGAUAUGAUGUUAAUCAGAGGAAAAAUGUUAUUAUGAGAGGAGUUCUUUCAGUAACUGUUAUAUCUGCAGACGACUUGCCACCAAUGGACAUUGGUGGCAAGGCUGACCCAUUUGUCGUGGUGUACUUAAAGAAGGGAGAAACCAAAAAGAAGACUAGGGUUGUGACAGACACUCUAAAUCCAAUAUGGAACCAGACAUUUGAUUUUGUGGUAGAAGAUGCGCUGCAUGAUUUGCUCAUGGUGGAAGUAUGGGAUCAUGAUACAUUCGGAAAGGAUUACAUAGGGAGGUGCAUCUUGACACUCACAAGAGUUUUGCUUGAAGGUGAGUUCCAAGAUACCUUUGUCUUGCAAGGUGCUAAAUCUGGAAAGCUGAACUUGCAUUUCAAGUGGACGCCGCAGCCAAUCUACCGUGAUCGUGACCGUGACCAGUGAACCUGUAUAUAUAUUUUACGAAAAAGCAGAUAAACGCUUCAUCCCCUGCGAUGCCUGUACAUUAGCUUUUCUGUGCACAUGAUGAAAAAAAGAAUAGAACGAUCGAUCCUCUGUAGUUUCUCCUCUCACGUUGGAAGUGCAUGGAGCUGCGGAUGAAGAUGGAAGAUUACACGGGAGACUUUGGAGUCGUCAAUAGGAAAAUUUUUAAGUUUCAUCACCUUGAAAGUGCAUAUUUGCAAAGUAUUUUCAAUCAUGAGGAGUGAUAGCCAAGCUCAGCAUUGUAUGUGGCGUUGCCCAGCCUUUUCUGAUGUUUUCGUUAACUUUGAUAAUUCCUACAUUAAGAAUUUUGUUUCUCGCCA